AUGAAUGUCGAGACGGGCGACAUAAAGUUAACCAGCCAUAUCACUGAGAAGUCAUUGUUAUCAUUCAGUCAAAGUCUCCUUGUAGUUGAUUCCAAGAAGUAUGUGUGGAGAUUGUCCCAUCUUUCUGUUGUUGAGUAUUUCGAACGUCGCCAGACCUUGCUGGACCGACCGGCUCGCUUCAAGUGUGGCAGUGUUUGCUUGUCAUUUCUCAUCGAGGCUUAUGGCAAAUUGAAUGACCAUUCUGCUUCAGUUCAUCCGAGCUCAUCAGCGGUGACGGUAUUCCCUGGUGACAAGCUGGACAUCAACAACCCGUUCCACCAAUAUGCCAAGCAACAUUGGCCUGUGCAUUUUCGCAACAAUGUGCCAGAUGAUCACUCGAAGAGAAUAUUAAAGAGAUUCCUCGGUUCACCACAGGAAAGCAGCCCAUACUUUCGACAUUGGAUAUAA